GUACAUUUUUGAAGGCCUUGGUUUCUUGGUGGCCUCCAUAUUGAUGAACAGUAUACAAUUUUUACCGAAGAUUAAUGAGAAUGGCAUUAAGAAGAUGUGCCGGAAUCUGUUUGCUAUUCAACAAAACCUGACCAACAUAUCCAUGUCCCGGGAGACUGACCUUGACAUGGCCCGCCAGUACUACGAGCUUCUCUACUUGAACCAAGAUGACAUCCUAACUGCCAUAGCUGAAAAGGGUGCCCAGUUUACCUAUACAGAGUACUGCCAACUUAUCCAGCUAUACCACCGGAGCCAUCCAGGGGGAGACCCUAACCAGCUCGAAAAACGGAUGCAGAGGCUAAGGGAGAUAAUCGAGAAGGGACAGAACGGAGUUGCCUGAAACCAGCCAUCUUGUGCAAAACAUGUUUAAUCAUGUUAGCAAAAGAACAUCAAGAUUAUAAUAAACUGCACAUCAGAAAAAGAAAAUUUAGAUUAAACGGCCAAUUAGUGUUGUGUUGCAAAGCUACCACACUUAAACAGUGGUAAGUCCUUGGAACUUGGAUAUGGAAAACAGUCGAAUGGAUACAAUAUGAAAUGGUCGAAUUUCAGAUGAACCAAUGUCCUAUGAAAUCGGUUCACAAAAAAGGGAGGCAAAGAUGAAAUAUUUGUCUUUCAAUGAGAAAAAAAGGAGUAAACACUAGCUUUGUUUUCAAGAGAAGACAAGUUAUUUUGGUGUGACCAGAGGUGGGGUAAUGGAAAUAAAGCUGUAAUUAAUUGUAAUGAAUCAAAUGUGAUAAGUUUAAUACAAAAGUGUGAAUGAAAUUGCCAUUACAAAUAUGCAUUAUUUGUAAUGGGAAUUUCAUUCACACUUUUGUAACUUAAUUCAUAAUCCAGUUACAUUUCCAUGUAAAUGAAUCCAUGCCUGGGUGUCUCCGAAGAUGGUGUGUCUCCCUUUUAUAGGAUGCGAUAUGAAAGAUAACCAGGGGAAAGAUACAAACAUUCCCAAACCAGAUUCGCCAAGGGUCUACACAGUUACAGAGAGACAAUGGGAGGUUCUCCUUUUGUUAUGUAUAAAGAAAUUUCUCACCUAUGAUUUGCUUUUAUAAAGAGAAAGAUCUAGAUAAACUCAAUGUCGUGUUCUGUAGAAAUUCUAGAUAUAUUCCUGAACUGUGAGACGAAAAGUUUGAAGUUCACUUAAUUUUGCUAAAAUGUGCUUUUAAUAUUUCAUAAUAUCACACAAUACACAAUAAAUUGCUGGAUAUUUUCAACGAUUGCUUGUAGCAUGUCACACUUACUUUCAUUCCAAUACUUAUUCUAGAAAUGUGUUGUUAACUUAAACCUAGAAUUUUACCAUGUAAUCCACUGAAACAGACACACAGACAUUGGCUACCUUAUACUUUAUAAAUGUGAUGCUGUGUAAGAGUAGACUACAUUCGAAACACUUUCACCACCAUUUCGUUCAAAAGUAAAGUGAUUUUGUCAAUGUGUACAUUCUUGUGUACCUCAUAUGUCAUCACUAAAAUAACAAGAUCUGAUUCUUAGUGUGGAACCCUUCAGGCAAAAAAAGAUACAUUUGACAAAAAAGUAGCAUGUAUCCUUAAUUGAUAAUACUUAUAAUAGCACAUCUCGUGUCAAAGUUGAUGAUACUGAUUUUAGUGCAUCACGUAUCUUGCCAUCGCAAUCAUGAAACCUAAAUCUUUUCCUUAAAAUCAUGAUACUUGCUGAUUUGAAAUCUGUCCAUGUGUCAAAAUUUCUGAACAAAGGGAGAUAAUUCUGCUACUAUUGAUGUUUGUACAGAUAUACUUAUUUAGACCACAGGAACUGUCCUCAUCUGAUUAUAUCAUAGGUGUAUUGACAGACGAGGCUAGUACCGGUGUUUGGACAGGUUUCAGGUGUAUGAUGAAAUCAAAUGUGUUACAAAGUAACAUAGUUUAAACAUCACCAUUUUGGCUUAUGCUUUCAUCUUUUUAUCUUAAAAUGGAGUAUGUUAGAUUCAAAUUUCUGAGAAUCAUUGAUAGCCUUGUGUGUAUUGUCCCUAUUCAAUGAUAAACAAAAAUGGAAAUAUCAAGUAAACUUUCUUAAAAAUCAGUGCCAACAGGAAUAGCUGGCUUCCUUUUUCAAAUUAUGUAUUUAUGCUUUCUGUUCAAAAAUUUCUUCAUUUUUGUAAGGAAGUAUAAGAAAAUGGCUAUGAACAGUAGGUCAACACUGAAACAAAUUCUGAAGUUGGCUGCAUUAUUUUGCUGUACAUUGUCAUUUUGUGUUUGUGUACACUGGUGCUUUAAGUGCAAUAUUUGAUAUUGAGUCAUACCGAGUCAGUAUGUUUUUGUGAUAUGUGAGAUUUUAUUUAUAUGAAUUCAAUUUUGUCUGCAUAAAUAAAUGUAUGA